AUGCGUUCAAAAAGCCAAAAGCGUCUUUGGCGCUCAACUGUUUUCUUUUCGGAGUCCUUAUUGGUAAUUAUAGGUAAAUAAAAGUUCUUACAAGUAAAUAAAAUUUCUUAUAAGUAAAUCAAAAUAGGCUCCGCCUUUUUUUAACUUAUAAGUGAAUUUUUGGGAAAUAUUUUUACCUAUAAGUAAAUAAAAGUUUUUAUAAGUAAAUCCGAAUCCCCUGUGUAAAGUGUUUGUUCUUUAGUUACAAUCUUGUUAAAAUUAGAUUUAUUUAGCUCUGCAAACCUCCCUUUCCUUGAAGAGUGCAUGUCAAAACUCUGUCCACCCUGCUUUAUAUUAUAAUCACAGUUGCUUCUUAUCCACCCAGACUGUGUAUUCUACCGAAUAUAACAAGUGGCAGAAGCUUCAUGCCUUUUGCAAUCAUCUUCCAGCUGAUACAAGACAUUUGGCAAUCUUAAGAAAUCAGAAUGUAAUCGACGAAUUAAUCAAGGCUGGAGUUGUACAUGUAUGUAAAUUCAGAGUAUUUACAACUACUAUAUUUAGCCGGAUCUAAAAUACUUUAUUGGAACAAAAGCUCCGGAUUUCACAUGUAAACCAAGCGAUCGCUGUUGUCCUGAUCCAAAUAAUUUUUACUAUUUCGAUGAUUCUGGUCAAGAUAAGGUACAAGAAUCAAAUUAGGGACCUGAGAAAUAAAUUUAGGGUCCUGUAAAUAGAUCAUUAUGGCUUCGGACAGAGCCCGAUAAUUUUGGAGGACUAAAUCCAGAGAGAAUUGUGACCUUGGAGCCGGCAUGGAGAAUAUACGGAGGACCUCCGGAUCUGAUGGGCUUCAAUGAUGUUGAAGGGGCCAACCAAGGGAUCCCUUUGGUCUGCGAAUACAGGCUUGGAUUCAAAUGCCCUGAGGGGUUUUUCUUUAAUGAUGGAUCUUGCACUGGGAUCAUCGAGUGCGACAAAACGCCGGCUGAGUGUGAGCAUGAGUGUGUAUUCCUUGGAAAACAGUUCGGGACCAAAGGAAUUUUACCGUCCAUCCAUAACGACGAUUACAACUUCUUCCUGGCAGGCAAGUCCUCCUUGACGAAUCGAUUUAGUUGUAUUUAUAGCCAGAUAUCGGCAAGAAAUUAUGGAAAAAGGCUUGGGCAAGGUGUUUAAGAAAACCAAAAAAUUCGGCCAAUAUUGGCCAGUCAUGAUCGGAAUGAAGCACAUCCACAGCCAAUGGGUCAACCUUGAUCAGACACCCGCAGAUUACUUUAGAUGGUGGUCUUUGGAAAAUAAAGGCAGGAUCAGGGAAUCCAAACUGAUUAUUUUUAGUGGAGAAACUGUUCAAAAACCCGGACAAAGGUCAUAAAUAUGUAUUCCUGAUGGUCCGAACCAACGGCGACAAUGGGAUUUCGACCUUUGGCUACUGGGCCAAUGUCUUCCACUCGAAGGAAAAGGUCCCUCUCAUUGGGUGUCAAGUCAAACCAAAAAAGUUGUAA